AUGGCGGGAAGCCGUGACUUGAAUAGGGAGCCUUGCCCAGAUCGCAUCCUCGAUGACUUAGGAGGCGCUUUUGGCAUGGGUGCCUUGGGGGGAUUUUUGUGGCAUUUUGCGAAGGGCUGGCGUAAUUCUCCAAAGUAUGAAAAGUGGAGAGGCGCAUUGUUUUCGGGAUCGCUCAAAUCUCCGACAGUGGGGUCUGCCUUUGCAACGUGGGGUGGCAUCUUUUGCGCCUUCGACUGCACACUGGCCUACGCACGAGGCGGCAAGGAAGACAGCUGGAAUCCAGUGUUGGCAGGAGCUGCUACGGGAGGGGUCCUCUCCAUGAGAUCGGGGUGGAGAAGCUGCGCGAGGAACGCUGCCGUUGGUGGUAUUCUUCUAGGCAUCAUUGAAGUCGUGCAGAUUAUGUUUCUGCGUGGCGCACCCUCCAUGACGCCGCGCAAACAGUUCCAGCAGAUGAAGGAGUACGAAGAGCUGCAGCAGCAGCAGCAACAGCAGCAGCAAAGGGCAGCGCCCGUGUCGCUGUGGUCUCGCUUUCUCCCUGCCAGCGGAUCCUCUCCGACUGCCGCCUCUGCAUCGCCCUCUGAGCUGCUGCAUGACUCUGCGGCUCUGCGGUGA